UAUUACCUCUACAGAAAUGUGUGAAACGUAAAACAAAUGUAAUUAAUCUAGGAAUUCCACAAGUCACAUUUCUCCAUCAAAAAAAGUGAAGAAAAACAUUUGCCCCAACAGCCACAAGAAAUAAUAAUCAAACGGAAUAACGUUACACCAAAUAACAUCUGAGUAGGCUCCAAUUCUGAAUCCAAAGCCAUUCAUAUUCCAUCUGUUUUGCAUCCAGACAAUCUUUACUUUUUUUCCGCGUAGAAAUGACACCAUCUGGUGGGAGACAAUGGAUUUUUUACUUGACCGUGGUUCUUCUAUCACUCGCAUUCUGAUUGGUCUCUGUGUGUUCCCAGGUCUCCGCUCUACGCAGCUGGUAUCCGGCCGCAAAAGCGUUGCUAGGAUACAUUGCAACAAAUGUGUCCAUCGUUACUGGAUACAGUCCUACAGAAAACAUUCCGUCAAAGGCACUUUUUUUUUUUACACAACGACGUUGUCGAUUGAAACCAAAAUACAUUAAGAUCAAAUGGAAACUGCGACUGUUGUCCGGUUUGGUCGAAGGAGUGGGUCCAGCAAAACAACGCUAGCAGUUGAGGAAAAAAAAGCAAUGCAACCACCAGAUCUUCGACAAGUCACUGUUUUGCCCAAAGCCGAAUGGCUCCGAAUUCAAGGUAGUUUGAAUCAAGGGAAUAAAUACAACGAGAGUCUAAAGGAAGCAACCAAACAACGAGAAGCUAUGCACCUGAGGUCCAAGGAGGUGGUAAAAUUCUGGUCUAACACAAUAGCUGGACAAAGACAAAAGAAACUGGAGGCAAAGAGGAUUCGGGAGGAACUUGAAGAAGAUGAGAAGAAACAGAUGGAUAUUGAGGAGGCUAAAUAUCAGGCGCAAAAGAGGAAAGAAGCUAUUGAAAAGGCCAAAACUCAACAGUACUACGAGACUGAUCGUGUGAAAGGAUUUCAUCGUGCACUCUUGCUGACAGAAGUCCUGAAGGAAAGGGAGGCCCAGAUAGAACUGAAGCAGAGAAAGCAGGAUACCUCCAAAGAUGUGGACAAGGAAAUCAUGGCUAUCAUUAAGUGUAGAGAGGAUGAAGCUUUGCAAAAGGAGCAGCAGAAAGCUUUGCAGAGGAAGCUUGACAUCCAGGCCACAGCAGAAGACUUAAAACAGCAGGCAAAGGAACAUGAGAUGAAUAGAGAACGGGAGAAACUGGAAAACAAGAAAGAGGCUGAGGAACUCCAGCGACUAAAAGAGCUUUUUCUGUGGGAGCAAUGCAUGCAGGAGCAAAAGAAAGAGGAGCAGAAGAGAAAUACCAUGAAAGCUCACAUGGAGCAUCUCUCUAACAGAGAUAUCAUUAGAGCAAUAGAGGCACAAAAGCAAGAGAUGGAAGAGGAGCGCAGGAGGCUUUUUGCAAAUGCAAAACAGAAAAUGGUGAAGUUAAGGAAAGACAAAGAGGAAGAGAUGUUCAGAGAGGUCCAAAUGCACAGGGGGGGGAUCAUGAAUAAACUGGCUGCAAAACAGCAGGAGCAGACGGAAAAUGAGGAACUCAUCGCCAAGGCUAUUGCUCAACGGGAUGCCAGACAGGCACAGCAGCAGAAGGAGAAAGAUGACAAGAGGAUGGCUAUGCUGGACUCAAUUGCCUCACACAGAGAAAAAAUGAAAGAAGAACAGGAGCAGAAGGAAAGAGAACACAACGAGAGAGCUAUUGACAUGCUUUAUGCCAAGAAAGAAGCAGACAGAAUAUUUAUUGAAAAACAACACCUGAAGGCACUGAAAAUGAAAGCGGAUGGAAGAACUUUACAAGACGUCUACAUUCAUCAAAUGGCUGAAAAACGUGCCAAGGAACAGCACACAAGAAAGCAACAACAGGACUUUGAGACCAAAAAUGCAGAGCUCAUUGCUGUGGAGGAGAAGCAGUUCCAGCAGUAUGCAAACAAUGUGAUCGAUACAGCCACCGAGGCCAAGAGAAAUAUUCACCCACUCCGCAAAGCUGCCAGGGAGGGAAUUGGAGGUGGUCUUGGCCCCAUCUUUGGAGGAGUGAGGCCAAGUUACUUGGUUCAAGAUGACACUGGUGUCCAGAUGCCCAAUUACGUCAGCAGUAGAUCUCAGGACAUCAAAGAGCUGAAUGAGACGCGUGAUAUUCAGCAAUCCAAGAAAAGACUUGGAUUCACAUGGUAGACGUCUGUUAAAAAAAGUAACAUGGUCAGGUGAAGCAUGAUUAGAAAAACAAUAAACCAAUGGAAUUCAGCAUUUCCUAAGCAUUUAUGAUAUACCCCCUAUUAUGUCAUUUAUUUCACACUCAAAAAACCCACACUUGAUAGGCAAGUACUUGACUGACCUAGUGGGAUGAUUGCAGUCUUUUCAGCGCUCAAAGAUGAUUCAUCUCAGAAAUAUGGAAAUGUAGAGUGUAUAACUGUCUCUGAAAUUAGAUUUUUAGUUUUGUUAUUUUACAUAAUAUACAUACACACAAUUCAAUUAAAACUAGUGCACAAAUUGGGAAACUGCUGAUAAUUUCUAGCCUGGUCCUAGAUCUGUACCUACAUGACAAAGAUAGUCAAGAGUUGGCUAAAGCACAGAUCUGGGACCAGGACAUAUAGUGCAACGGUUUCAUUUUAAUACAUAAGAUUCACCCAGAUUAAAAUGUGACAUGUCAAUGUUAUCUUUAUAUCUAUUGUAUCAGUUCAUUCUUCUGCGAAACAUUAUAAUAAACAAUCUAUAGACAAUAAAACAAACAUUUUAACCAUAUCCUUUUAUUUUAAAACAUGGUUCAUUGGGGAAUAUUGAAUUCGGCCCGUUUUUACAAAGCCAGUGGUUUUCAUUUAUAGUUUAAAGGAAAGUCAUGCCCAGGAAUUUAACACCUAGUAUGAACUAACAUGGAACUUCACAGCAAUGUAUUUACACAUUGCUCUGGUGAGGAAUUUUAAACAAUUUGAAAGAUGUAAUGGGUGAAAAUCUUAACAUAAAAUACUAACAAAAAUGGAUACAAUUAUACAAAACUAAUUUGAGACUGAGGCCAAGAUAAAAAGUUCUGGUUCCCGGAAACAGGUAAAAAAAAAAAGAAGAACUAAACGGUAUACGCAUCUAACACCCCAAUCAUUUCACAAAAUGUCUGCACUCUUACCUGUCUUUCAAGUCAAAUUGAGCCUUCUCUGACAUCUCCACUUAAAUAUCAGCAUACUAAAAAGGAAAGUUUUUUUUUUUUUUUU